CUUAUUUUUGCAAAUAUCACACUCACGCUCCGUCGUUACCUUUCUACCGCAUUUCUGUCUCACGUUUUUGUGAAACACACCACUGUUUGCGAUGAACAAAGUCGUCAACGUAUUCCUUGGCCAAGUACCUUGCUAUACAGUGAGGACUUCUCAGCUAUGUGUGGGCCGUUUCUACGGCACUGCCGGCAAUGACCCCAAGAUUCCAAAAAAUGUGAUCGAGCAUCUGAACACAGCCCAAGAGCAGCAAACGAACGGAGUUGUAUACGACAAGAAACCGUUCCGGAUGGAGCUGGAAGAGGGAAAGCGUUAUUCCUGGUGCCUAUGUGGGCGCUCCAAAGGUCAACCGCUAUGCGAUGGAACGCAUAAGCUAGUGCAAUAUAAAAUCACGCAGCGUCCCAUUCGGUUUCAGGUGGAAAAAUCCGGCACAUAUUGGCUGUGCAAUUGCAAGCAGACGAAAAAUCGACCAUUCUGUGAUGGGACGCACAAAUGUGAAGAAGUUCAGAAAACCGCUGGAAAAUAGUUUCAGCAUAUCAAGCUAGAACCAACGAACAACAGUUCUUGUUACUCUACAUUAUUGCUGGCAUUCUGUAUCGUAGUUUAGCAAACAGAAUAAAACAUAGAUGUGUACAAUACAACAAAA